AUGGAGAUGGUAAAAAGAGAAAAGGAUUUCUGCUUUCAAAUCCACCGUUUCCUGAGGCUGGGUGCUGAGUUCAGCUGCCCCUGGAGGAGCCGCAGCUCUGGGCCCCUGGCCGAGCCGCGUCUUCUGUCGGGACAGACUCCCCACAGCCAGGGUAAGCAGCUCAGGCCAGCUGUCCUGGGAUGCAACAUCAGACACGCACGCUGGAAUUUGACCCUUUUCCUGCCUGACACCCAGCAAAAUAAACCCCAGGGCAGGGAUCAAUGCCUGCAACCAGAAUGCAGAAGAAAGAAGAGUGACAGAUACGCCCGGGGCCACAGGCCAGCGAGGCCAGGACCUCCCAGGGACAGACGCACAGCCCAGGUUUGCGUGUGAGAGUUAGGGCCUCGGGUAAUAAAAAUAAAACGUUUAAGGUGCCUGGCCGUGCAGGCCCUCACAGCGCUACCUGGGGCAAGGACGGAAGAAACCUCAGAUCGCCGUGGCUGCUGUUGCCUGAAUCACGUCCUCCCAAAAUUCACGUUAGAGCGUUUACCCUCAGUACCUUGGGAUGGGACUUUGUUGGAGAGAGGGUCAUUGGAGAGGUAAUUAAGUUAAAAUGAGGCCAGGAGGGUGGGCCCCAUCCAAUGUAAUUGGGAUCCUUUUUAAAAGGGGAAAUUUGGACACAGAGAGACACAGACGGAGGGCGCCCUGGAAUCAGGAAAGCGGCCGCCUCCCAUUUGGAACUUCUGCCGUCCAGAGCUGGAAGACGAUACACUUCUAUGGUUUUAGCCAUGCGGCCCCAGCAAACCCAACACCGGGGCCAAAGCAGAGAGGGCAGCUGGCUUCUGACAUCACACAGCACGCUGUUGAGAGCAGGGCCUUCGACUCACCAGUCAGGGACCCGGUGGUCAGAGG